AUGGGUUUCACCACAACCCUCUUCAGAGAGCUUCGUGAUUUACCGCUUGUGGAAGUCUCUUCGAUCUCCAUCAAUUUGUCUCUCUUCUUAGUGUUUAUCAUCGACAUCUCUGCAAGACGCUUACUUCUCUGCCUCCGUCGUGGCCAUUUCUUCAAACAUGACUCUGUACGAAACUCUAGUUCCGUCAAUGUCGGAGACACCCGUGAGGUCGAAGUCACCACUGGCUACAAAUUCUCGGUUCUGUGCUGUUUCUUUGUCUUAAUCGUGCAAGUUUCAGUUUUGGUUUUAGAUGUUGUCGGAGUAACUAAGGAAAGAAACGAGAUUUGUGUUAUUUUCUCGCCGGUUACACAGAUUCUAGCUUGGUUAGUGUUAUGCGCAUCAGUUGUUCAAUGUAGUUACACCUCUGCGGAAAAGUUCCCUUUACUGUUAAGGCUAUGGUGGGUUGUGGGCUUCUUAAUCUGUUUAUGGGCUUUGUUCAUUGACUCCAGAGAGCUUGUAGUGAACGGCUCAAAUCAUUUGUCUUCCCACGUUGUUGGCAACUUUGUUUCAGCUCCGGCCCUGGCUUUCCUCUGCUUCCUUGCUCUGAGAGGUCAGUCAAGUCUUCGAGUCAUUACGGAUUCACAUCUUAUUGAGCCUUUACUUGUCGAACAAGAAGAAGAAAAAGCUGGGUGUCUUAAUGUUACUUGUUAUAGUGACGCCGGGUUGUUCAGCCUCGCUACGCUUUCGUGGCUGAAUCCUCUUCUCUCUCUUGGCGCCAAGAGGCCAUUGGAUCUCACGGACAUUCCUCUCCUCGCUCCCAAAGACCGGGCAAAGACCAACUACAAAAUCUUGAAGUUUAACUGGGAGAAGUUAAAGGCUGAGAAUCCCUCAAAAUCACCUUCUCUUGCUUGGGCGGUCUUGAAGUCGUUUUGGAAAGAAGCGGCUUGUAAUGCAGUCUUUGCUGGCUUGAACACUCUUGUUUCUUACGUGGGUCCUUAUCUGGUGAAUGACUUUGUUAAUUAUCUGGGUGGGAAAGAGACUUACCCUCAUGAAGGUUACAUCCUCGCUGGUAUCUUCUUUGCGGCCAAGCUCGCAGAGACUUUAACAACUCGGCAGUGGUAUCUCGGUGUGGAUAUCUUGGGGAUGCAUGUGCGGUCAGCUCUAACGGCUAUGGUGUACAGAAAAGGCCUAAAACUUUUGAGUAUAACUAAGCAGAAUCACACGAGGGGCGAAAUUGUGAACUACAUGGCCGUUGAUGUCCAGAGAGUAGGUGACUACUCUUGGUACCUUCAUGAUAUGUGGAUGCUUCCUCUACAGAUUGUACUUGCUCUUGGGAUCUUGUACAGGAGUGUGGGCGUGGCGGCUGUAGCCACGUUGGUGGCCACAGUUUUCUCUAUUCUCGCCACUAUCCCAUUGGCCAAAGUUCAAGAGGACUAUCAAGACAAACUGAUGUCUGCUAAAGAUGAGGGAAUGAGAAAGACUUCCGAGUGUUUGAGGAACAUGAGGAUUCUGAAGCUGCAGGCUUGGGAGGAUCGGUACAGGGUCGUGCUUGAGGGAAUGAGGAGCACAGAGUUCAAGUGGCUUCGAAAGGCUUUAUACUCCCAAGCGUUUAUCACGUUUAUAUUCUGGAGUUCGCCUAUAUUUGUAGCUGCAAUCACGUUUGCUACGGCUAUAGGCUUAGGAACUCAGCUCACUGCAGGAGGUGUUCUUUCAGCGCUUGCAACUUUCAGGAUUCUUCAGGAGCCGCUUAGGAAUUUUCCUGAUCUGGUGUCAAUGAUGGCUCAGACUAAAGUGUCUCUUGAUCGAAUAUCUGGAUUUCUGCUAGAGGAAGAGCUCCAGGGAGAUGCCACGAUAAUCCUUCCUCAAGGUGUGUCAGACACAUCUGUAGAGAUCAAAGACGGUUGUUUCUCUUGGGAUCCUUCGUGGGUACGGCCAACUUUGUUUGAUAUUCAUCUAAACGUUAAGAGAGGAAUGCGAGUAGCUGUCUGCGGAGUCGUUGGUUCAGGAAAAUCAAGUUUUCUUUCUUGUAUACUUGGAGAAAUCCCUAAAAUCUCCGGUGAAGUCAGAGUAUGCGGUAGUGCUGCUUAUGUUUCACAAUCCGCAUGGAUCCAGUCUGGCAAUAUAGAAGAAAAUAUUCUAUUUGGCAGUCCAAUGGAUAAGGCCAAGUACAAGAACGUUAUACACGCUUGCUCACUGAAACGGGACUUGGAGCUCUUCUCACAUGGCGAUCAGACCAUUAUCGGUGACAGAGGCAUAAACCUCAGUGGUGGUCAGAAGCAGAGAGUUCAACUAGCUAGAGCGCUUUACCAAGAUGCUGAUGUUUAUCUCCUCGACCAUCCUUUUAGCGCUGUCGAUGCUCACACAAGCUCCGAACUCUUCAAGGAAUACAUAUUGACGGCUCUGGCAGACAAGACUGUGAUAUUUGUAACUCAUCAAGUCGAGUUUCUUCCUACCACGGAUCUUAUAUUGGUCCUUAGGGAUGGCCAAAUUAUACAGUCAGGUAAGUAUGAGGAACUGCUACAAGCAGGAACGGAUUUCUCAUCUCUUGUGUCUGCUCAUCAUGAAGCUAUUGACGCAAUGGACAUUCCAAGCCAUUCAUCAGAGGAUUCGGACAGCCAUCAUGUGCUAGACCAGUCACUACCACACAAUCCAAAAUCCAACGCUUCCUCGAGCAAUAUUGAGAUUCUGGCCAAGGAGGUCCAAGAAGGGCCAUCAGGCUCUAACCAGAAAGCCACCAAAGAGAAAAAAAAAAAAAGCAAAACGGCUGAGGAAGAAACAACUGGUUCAAGAAGAGGAACGUGUCCGGGGACGAAUCAGUAUGAAGCCUAUAAAGGAUUGUUGAUACCACUCAUAAUCAUUGCGCAAACUCUGUUUCAGUUCCUUCAGAUUGCAAGUAACUGGUGGAUGGCCUGGGCAAAUCCGCAAACAGAGGGAGACCAAGCUAAAGUGAGCUCCACGGUCCUUCUCCUUGUAUUUAUUGCGCUAGCAUUUGGUAGCUCAGUAUUUAUCUUUGUCCGAGCUAUUCUGGUCGCCACAUUCGGCCUUGUAGCUGCUCAGAAGCUGUUUCUGAACAUGCUCAGGAGUGUUUUCCGCGCGCCAAUGUCGUUUUUCGACUCGACUCCUGCUGGAAGGAUCUUAAAUCGGGUGUCCAUUGAUCAAAGCGUGGUGGAUCUUGAUAUUCCUUUUAGGCUCGGAGGAUUUGCAUCAACAACAAUAAAGCUCAUUGGCAUUGUUGGUGUGAUGACAAACGUUACAUGGCAAGUGUCUCUUCUUGUAAUUCCAACUGGCAUUGCUUGCUUGUGGAUGCAGGUGAUUUCUGUUUCUUUUCACUUGAAAACGCAUAAAUACUACAUGGCUUCGUCUAGAGAGCUGGUUCGGAUUGUGAGCAUACAGAAAUCUCCAAUCAUCCAUCUUUUCGGUGAGUCAAUCGCAGGUGCAGCAACAAUCAGAGGAUUUGGCCAAGAAAAGCGUUUCAUGAAGAGAAACCUCUAUUUACUGGACUCCUUUGCCCGCCCUUUCUUUUGCAGCAUCGCUGCUAUAGAGUGGCUCUGUUUACGCAUGGAACUGCUUUCCACUUUCGUCUUUGCCUUCUGCAUGCUCCUGCUCGUUAGCUUUCCACAUGGAACAAUCGAUCCAAGCAAGUUCUCUCUUUCCUCUUUAUUUCUCCCUGUCGUUAGAAAACUUUUUAUCAUCUUUAUUGAGUUCAGAAUAUACCUUUGUAUAGGCAUGGCUGGCCUUGCAGUAACGUAUGGUCUUAAUUUAAACGCUCGCCUUUCCCGGUGGAUACUUAGCUUUUGUAAACUCGAGAACAAAAUCAUCUCCAUCGAAAGAAUCUAUCAGUAUAGUCAGAUUCCCAGUGAAGCCCCUACGUUCAUCGAGGAAGCUCACCCUCCUCCCUCGUGGCCAGAAAAGGGAACCAUUGAGAUCAACAAUUUGAAGGUUCGAUAUGGAGAGAAUCUACCUACUGUACUCCACGGAAUCAACUGUGUGUUCCCUGGUGGCAAGAAGAUUGGGAUUGUGGGGCGCACAGGAAGUGGCAAAUCAACUCUGAUCCAAGCGCUAUUCAGGCUGAUAGAGCCAUAUGCAGGACAAAUAAUCAUUGAUGGCAUUGAUAUCUCCUCCAUUGGCCUUCACGAUCUCCGUGGCCGUCUCAGCAUCAUUCCCCAGGACCCCACCUUGUUUGAAGGUACUAUCCGAGGAAACCUCGACCCUCUCGAAGAACACACUGAUCAAGAAGUUUGGCAGGCUCUAGAUAAGUCACAAUUGGGGGAUAUAGUCCGUGCAAAAGACCAGAAGCUCGAUACUCCAGUGUUAGAAAAUGGAGAUAACUGGAGUGUGGGGCAGAGGCAGCUGGUGUCUCUUGGUCGUGCAUUGCUUAAACAAGCGAGAAUUCUUGUGCUUGAUGAAGCAACUGCUUCGGUUGACUCAGCCACUGAUAAUCUCAUCCAGAAGAUUUUGAGAACAGAGUUUGGAGACUGCACGGUCUGCACUAUCGCACAUCGGAUCCCGACUGUGAUCGAUAGUGACAUGGUUCUGGUUCUAAGCGAUGGUCUUGUUGCGGAAUGCGACACGCCAACACGACUUCUAGAGGAUAAAUCUUCGAUGUUCCUUCGACUGGUGACAGAAUACUCCUCGAGAUCGAGUGGCAUACCUGACUUCUGA